AUGUACCAGCCCGAAGAUCCAAGCCUGAUGUAUAGCGCCACUGCCAUGCAGGCGUCCUAUUACCUUGGCUUGCAGCGCUCGGUCGAGACAAGCUCCCGGUCAUUCGCCGUCCUUCCGCCAGAUGACCGGCAAGCCAUGUCGAGAACAUGGCUGGGCUGCUUUGCUAUACACACCGCUCUCUCGAUAUCACACGGAAACCCGCCAAUGGUAAAGAGCCCAACGGAACUCAGCGCACUGGAUGCCAAUCUUGAGAAACACCAGAUUCCGCACAGACUUGCUUUCGAGGUCGAGGUCCAGCGGUGCAUGGCCAAAUACCACGAUUCCCUCGUCGGAGGAGCCGAGAAUAGUGUAUACGAGACGCCUGUCCAGAUGUGUGAACAAGAGUUGAACAGUUUGGUCGAUCGAUACCACAGCUCCAUGGACGCCUACCUUGCUCUACAUCUUGAUACCACACUGCUCCACCUAUAUACGCUGGCCAUACUUAGAACGAAAUCAGGACUAAGAAAGAUAGGACGCUCCAACCCCAGAGGUCACAUUAUCAGAUAUCAGAAGCUCGGCAUGCUAGCUGCUCAUCGUGUCAUCGACAUCUACUGCGACAGUUUACGAUCUCCGGACACGUGUUUGAUCGACGUCUAUCGCGCUCUUCCCAAACAGUUUUUUGUCGGCGUCCUACAUGCGACAUUCUUUCUUCUCAGAUACUUCGUCCUCAAUCCGGCCUGCGAAGGUGAGGUCAAAGCAGAGUCUCGAAACAAAGUGCUCAUGGUUCAUGCUAAGCUCAAAGCGUCCACUAUACAUCAGCUCGCCGAGCCCGGUUGA